AUGAAGUCGGUUCUUGCCCUCGUCCUAGGUGCAGGUGCAGGUUAUGCUACAGCUCAGUCUUUGCCGGACUAUGUACUCACUUACGCGCCCCUCGUCUGGCUCGACGUCAACGAAACCUAUUUCCCCGGUGACAUCUACGGCCAAGUGAAAAACACCUAUCCAGCCCUAAACUACACGCGAAUCACCGGUUACACCACUCCACUCACCCUCGACAAUCUCGAUGAACUCAAUAAUUUCGGUGACACGGAUGUCUACCUCACUUCGAAUGAAGGCAUAGAGGCUUUUCCGGCUUGGUUUAAUGGUGUACAGCCGAACACGGAUGGUGUCACGGAAGGUGCGACGAGUUGUGCGAUUGUGACGGUUGAUCAUGGGGAUGGGACGUUGGAUGCGUUUUAUUUUUACUUUUAUUCGUUUAAUAAGGGUGAUAUUGUGCUUGACUUGGUCUGGGGUGACCACGUCGGUGACUGGGAGCACAACAUGAUCCGAUUCCAAAAUGGAGAGCCACAGGCUUUGUGGUACAGCCAACACGCCGGCGGCGAGGCUUUCACUUAUGAUGCCCUCUUGAAAAUCAAUGGUAGACCGGUUUCUUAUUCUGGUCGGGGAACCCACGCCAACUAUGCCAUUGAAGGAGUUCACGACCAUACAAUUCCCGGCGUCAACCUUCCAUUCGGUCCACUGAAUGACUAUACCAGCAACGGCACACUCUGGGAUCCAACUGGCAACUAUUAUGCGUACAGCUAUAACAACGUCAGCGCUGUAUUCACGGCGUACGAUUCCAGCUACCCUGUCAACUGGCUAUACUUUGAUGGCCAAUGGGGCGAUGACCAGGUUCCUAACCAGGUCGGUGUCUUUGGCGAAUAUAAAUAUAUGGGCGGACCUAACGGUCCCAAGUUCAAGCAUCUCGUUCGCACAAAUGUGUGUCCUGACGGAGAUGAUUGCGAUGUGCUCGAUUAUCUUUGGUAUUGA